GAUCUCAAAUCAAUGGUGAAGUUCGCAAUAAAGUACCUAUUGCUACGAUGGAUCUUAGAGAUGACUCAUCCUCAAGCUCAUAUGACUUAACCGAUCCACGUAAUGGCCAGCCAAGCACAGAACCGAAUGACAUACCAGUGGCUGAUUCGUCAUUAAGCACAAACCCGUCUGUAUCACUUCGUCAGAAGCGUGGGCGAGGAGCUGCAAAGAGCACAGAGUUUGAAAAGGUGCGAAAGUAUGGAAAGAUAUCCUUGAGGAUAAAGGACGGUGAAACUGCACCUUGUUGUGAAAAUGCUACCUUGUUUACUACAAGGGUUACAUGGUUGGUCAAGCACCAUGUGGACUUGAGUCAUGCUAGCUGGCACGAUGUACCAGCUAAUGAGAAGGAAGAAUUAAUUACACGCAUUCAGGCUGACUUCAUCCUUGACUGGACCAAGAAGAACCAUCGUGAUACGGUUACGAAGACACUACGCAAGCGGUUUAAUCAUAUUCGCUAUGAUUUACAUAGAACUUACAAGCAAUAUGAGAGCAAUGAAGAAGCACUUGCGAAUGUGCCACCGUCGGUGACACCAGCCACUUGGGUAAAGUUAUGUGCUCGAUAUUCAAGCGAUGACUUUAAGCGGAUGUCUGAACGAAAUAAAAGUAAUAGGGAGAAGCAACAAAACAAUCACACAGCUGGACGGAGGUCAUUUGUGCGACUAAUGGAGAUGAGGUCUGGGAAUGAGGAGAAUUUGGUUGAUUUCUUUAAAGAAGUCAGGUGGUCAAAGAAAAAUGACAAAUUUGUGACUCCCAUGACGGAAGAGAAAUAUAAUGAGAUGGUAGCAAAAAUGGCAGAGCUGGAGCCUGAGAAGCGAACUAAGGAGGCUGCUGCAACAAUAUUUAAGGAAGUUUUGGGCCACAGGCCAGGGUAUGUACGGGGUCUUGGCGAGAUGGUUAUUCCCGAGUCAUCUAGACAAUCAACUAAUGCUCGAAUAGUAGAAUUAACUGAACGUGCAGAAAGAAGUGAGAAAGAAACUGCACAUUAUAAGACUUUACAUGAUGACUUACGAGCGAAUGUCAUGUUAUUAAUGGAGAAACAAGACAAGUACGACAAGUUUUUGGAGAGAUAUGAGUUAGAGAGGCAGACCCAGGGAGAGUCUCAUAAAGAGACUCAGGGACCUGCAUAGCCAGUUACUAAAUUUGAGGGUAACAAUUUUUUGUCAAUUUUGGUAAGGAGAUGAAAGUUAAAAUAAUAUAACAACAAAAUGUCUCCCAUAUCUCCAGAACCUCCUCUUUUGUACAUCAAUUACUGGUGUGGGGUAGGUAGUAUAUUUUUUGGUUUGAAGAUAUUUUGUAGCUUUUGUCUGGAGAUGUACGUUGCUUUUGCCACCAACAUGCACAUUGGAAGUUCUUGGUCAUCAAUUUACAAUGAAAUUGCUAUAGCAAGUUGUUGAAUGCGAGAUAUCAUAGAGGAAAUCACAUUGGGAUCAAAUUGCCAUGUGUUGGAUUUUUCUCACAUUGGGUACAGUGAUUUUGGAAGCUAGUUUUAUACCAGACUAAAGAGCUAGCGUAUGUAGAGACUUUCUGAAUCAUGUAAAAGGUAGUCCCAAUUUCAGAAAUAUAUUGCAUUUCUUUACAGUUGUUUUGAAACACUUGAAGUCAAAUCGGUGAAUCAAAUUCAGCUCUUCCCAUACUUGUUGGAAUAUGGUGAUUAGAAAGAAAAACACUUGCAAUGAAGAAGCUGGCGCAUUCAUGAAGGCAACUUGCUGCUAGACAUUUAUAGUUUGAACGAAAAAUACUUGUAAAUUUAUAUUCCAUUGUGAUAUGUUGGAUGGUAUUAUGUAAAAUGUACACUUAA